CUGGAACGCUGCAUACCUAGUGCAGUGUGCUGAAACAAUCUAUUAGAUAAAAAUGUUAUCUAUUAACGAGCUGAUAAUGGAUCUGGGGUUGGCAAUCGUCAUCCUGGGCGUCUCUCACUUUCUUUGGAACUACCUUUCGUCCCCCUUGAAGAUCUUUCCAGGGCCAUUUGGGGCCAGCUUUACCAAUCUGUGGCGCCUCCAGGAUGUAUUCAAGGGCCGUUGUGAUAUUACACACAAUCAGCUGCACCGCAAGUACGGAACUGCAGUGCGCAUGGGACCCAAAGUUCUCAGUCUCUCAGACCCAAGCGUUAUCCCUCACGUCUUCAAUUCGAAGAAUCCGUGGACGAAGAGUGAUAUGUACAAUGUGAACGACGUGAUUGUCUCCGGGGUGCGCUUAAAGAACCUCUUCUCGCAUCAAGAUGAGAAAUGGCACUCGACAUACAUCCGGCCAGUGAAGGGGCUCUAUUCAAUGACCAAGGUUCAGGACGUGGAGCCGGGCGUGGAUGUAACCAUUAACCUGUUCAUGAAUAAGCUACGGGAGCGAUUUGUCGAAAAGGGCCAGCUUUGUGACAUGGCGGACUACCUUAAUUUCUUUGCAUGGGAUGUUAUGAGUCAAAUUACCUUCUCUCAGAACUUGGGCAUCCUAGAGGCCGGUUCGGACUACCAAGGCUUCCUGGGCCGAUCGAACAAGAGUCUCGACUACUUCGCCUCGAUCUCCCAAAUGCCGAUCUUGGAUUUGCUUCUGGACAAGAACCCCAUCGUUCGUCUCGGUCCGCCCACUUUUGUGUGGGCCAAUAUUUUCAGUCUCGAGCAGCUCCAGAAACGCCUGAGCGGUGGAACCCCACCGAGUGGCCAUACGGACUUCCUCGAUAAGUUCCUGGAGACCAAGAAGAAGUAUCCCGAGCUGGUCAAUGAUAACACGAUCGUCACCUAUCUCCUGUCCAACACUUUGGCCGGUAGUGAUACCACCGGCAGCGCAAUGUGCUCCGCGGUGUAUCACAUCCUGAAGCAUCCCCGCGUGCAUCAAAAGUUGCGUGAUGAACUGUAUGCGGCCAAAAUCAGCCUCCCAGCCAGGUGGAAAGACCUGCAGGGUCUCACCUAUCUCGAUGCUGUCAUGCGGGAGUCCAUGCGAGUUAACCCUGGUGUUGGGCUUAUGCUCGAGCGGAUCGUCCCCGAAGGAGGUUUCACUCUUCCCGACGGCCGUUUUAUCCCCGCGGGAACUAUUGUGGGCAUGAACCCCUGGGUGAUCAACAAGAAUGAGGCCAUAUUCGGGGCCAACACGGAGGAUUUUAUCCCAGAGCGGUGGCUGCCAAGCCCGGGUGAAAGCGAUGAAGCCUACCAAGCACGGUUCACUAAGAUGAAGAGUACUGACUUCACAUUCGGGGCUGGCCCCCGGAUGUGUAUGGGACGAUAUCUUUCCCAACUCGAGAGCUACAAACUCAUUGCGACUCUGUUCAGCACCUUUGAGAUGGAGCUUCCUAGCCUCGAGCACACGUGGCAUGUCACCAAUUCCUGGUUUGUGAGACACGAAGGUAUCCCCGUCAAGAUGAGGGAGCGUACGGACCUGGCUGUCAGUGCUUAA